GAACCAUGUCAACGUGGGAGUUCCAAUCAUGGGGCUUGUUUGUUUUGGCCAUCAAGUGGUGUCUGUGGGAAACCACAAUCGCCUCACUGAGGUCUUGUAUUCCUUUAUGACUAGUAUUGUUGGGUCUAGUAUUGGACUUAAUGGUUGAUGCUGGAUACUUAAAGGAUGAUCUCGACGGCUUUCGUUGGCUUCCUCAACAACUCUCAAGCUUUUAAACGGCAGCAAACUUGCAGUUCAAAGACUACUCGACCUUUUGUUUAUCUACCACUGAAAACCCUACCAUCAUGCCUACACAAGGUGUCAAAUACAUGUGGACAUGUUCCAAAUGUGGUGAUGUCAACAGCUUCACAAAUGGGGAGGCCUGCAUCGAAUGCAAUCAUUAUUACAGCUCUACAUGCUGUUCCGCUUUUACUCUCCCACUCGGUGGAAAGUAGAAAUAACGUCUUGAACGCUACAGCAACUUCAUAAUGAACGAGGAGUCGCGGGCAUAUCAAGAGGUGGGAAAGGAGCGAAAUGAAUAGAUUGCCGCCUACGAGUUGGGGUGGCGGACACAUCAUGGCCUGGCUUCAAGAGACUUGAUCACAUAGCCAGACGCUUUUGAGUUGAUCAGCAGAGCUCAUAUUGAGCAAUGCCCAAUCAGACGACAGCAUCGACAGCAGCUGGUUAUGAUAUACAGCAGUGCACCAUAACGGUAUAGACAAAAUCAUGGGAAACAGUAGAUGCCUCUGGCACUGUUGUCCAAGGGAGAUAGGCGGCGUCUUGAUGGCAGUGAAUGAGCACGGCCUUAUUGUUUUCAUGGCUCUCA